AUGGCUUCUAAAGGUGAAAAGAACUUCACCAUCGUCGAGUCGUCGGCAGGCUCGUCGACGCUGAUUGCCCGUCUGCGGCACCUGUUCUAUGGAGAUAUUUCGAUUGCCAAUCUGAGAGUUAUUUCCAUCGAAGAUGGUAAAGCUGGCGAGGGCGGCGAACCACAAUUCCAGCUUAAGCGGGGGUUGAAGCUGAGACACGUCCAGUUGAUUGCCAUUGGAGGGGCCAUUGGUACCGGAUUAUUUGUGGGCUCAGGAUUGACGUUGCAAUCGGGGCCAGCAGCCUUAUUCUUAGCGUUUGUGUUCAUGUCGACAAUCAUCUGGUGUGUGAUGCAAAUCAUGGCGGAAAUGAUCACCUUCUUGCCGAUCCCCGGUAACGGGCCCAUGACCUUUGUCUACGAUAACUUAAGUACGCUGUUUGGCUUUGCCAUUGGUUGGAACUAUUGGUACGCCUUCCUGAUGUUGGUGGCGGCCGAAGUGGUGGCAGCUGCGUACGUUAUUGAGUACUGGAUCCAACUGGUGAAUAUCGCUGUGUGGAUCACGAUUAUCUUAGCCGUCAUUUUGAUCUUGAACUUCACAUCGGUGAAAUUCUUUGGUGAGGCGGAGUUCUGGUUUGCCAGUAUCAAGCUUAUCACGUUGACGGGUUUGCUCAUUUUGGGAGUUGUCCUAUUCUUUGGUGGUGGUCCCAACCAAACGAGUGUCCUUGGUUUUUGGUAUUGGAGAGACUACCCUUUCCGCCAAUUUUUCUACCGUGGUGACAACGAUAACAUAAUUGAGAUUGCCGGUGCCACUGGUCGCUUUUUGGCCUUCUGGCGGGCAGUUAUCCGCUCCGGUUUUGCGUUCAUCUGCUCUCCCGAGUUGAUCGCUGCUGCCGGUGGUGAAUGUGAAAAGCCUAGACACAAUAUCCCGAAAGCUGCCCGUCGUUUCGUGUACCGUUUAAUCUUUUUCUACUGUUUCGGUACCAUCGUUAUUGGAGUAAUCGUUGACUCCAAAGACCCGCGAUUGUUGGGCGGUGCCUCGUACACGUCGGCUUCUCCCUUCGUGCUUGGAAUCACUAACGCCGGUAUCCCCGUCCUAAACCACAUCGUCAACGCCGCCAUCUUGACGUCGGCUGCCUCUUCAGGUAACUCGUUCUUGUUUACUGCACUGAGAACGAUGUAUUCGUUGGCGAACCGGGGCCUCGCUCCCAAAGUGUUUUUGAAAGUAAAUCGCUUUGGCAUUCCGUACUAUUCCGUGGCGGUGCUGUCGUUGCUUGGCUUCUUGGCGUACUUAAAUGUAUCAAACUCGUCAGCGACGGCGUUCAACUGGUUCUCCAAUAUCUCCACCAUUUCCGGGUUUAUCUCGUGGGUGUUUGUCUGCUUUGCCUACUUACGGUGGAGAAAAGCCAUCACGUAUAAUGGCUUGGACACCCGAGUUACGUAUCGAGCGUCGCUUCUGCCGUGGUGUGCGUACUACGCAAUCUUCAUGGUAUCGCUUAUCAGUAUCACCAACGGGUUCAUGGUGUUUUUCAACUUUAAUGGCGCCGACUUUGUCGCUGCCUACAUCACAUUACCCAUCGUAUUCUUCCUCUAUACAGCUCACCGGCUCUAUACCGUGUUCUAUUUGAAGGAUAAAAAGUGGCUAAUCCCUAUCCCCGAGAUCGAUUGCUCCACCGGUUUGGAUUUGAUCGAGGCAGAAGACCGCAACACGCCGUUGCCGGUGCCGAAGAAUUGGAUUGAGAAGGUUUGGUACUGGAUUGCCUAG